AUGCCUAGUGUUCAAUUGAAACUAACUACAACCACAGCCCAUGGCAUGGUGUUCCGAUCUUGGUCCAAGGACAACACUGCAACAACCGACCUGGGUAUAACCUGCGGCUCAUGUGUUUUCUAUGGGGCCACUGUCGGGCGAGACGCAUCAUAUGUCCAGAAACUUCGCAAAGCUGGUGUCAUCAUCUUGGGCAAGAGCAACUUAUCGGAAUGGGGAAACAUACGCUCCACAAACCCGGGAAACUUCCGGAAGUCGAAUUCAUCCAAUGGCUGGAGUGCAGUCGGUGGCCAGACACUGGGUGUCUACUACCCCAAUCAGGAUCCUAUUGGAAGCAGUAGCGGUUCUGGCGUUGCAACAGCUCUUGGGCUUGCUUUCGCGGCGAUAGGUAUAGAGGUUGGGGGCAGUAUCAUUGGUCCAGCGCAAAGAAGUAAUAUCAUUGGCAUUAAACCGACCGUUGGCCUUACUUCUCGCGAUUUGGUCUUCAUUUCAAAGAGACAAGGGACCGUAGGUCCCAUGGCUCGAACCCUUGAAGACGCGGCCUCGCUGCUUGAGAUAAUUGGCGGGAAGUGCCCGCACGAUCCUGAGACUAGUAAGAUUCCAUUCGAGCAUAUUCCGAAAUAUGCCAGAUUCUGCAAUAAGUCCGCAUUGAAGGGGGCACGGAUUGGCAUCCCUCGAAAUGCUUUCAGAGACAAUGAUGAGGCAGCUGCUGAUGAAAUCGACCUGGCGGGUAUUGCCAAAGCCGCCUCGAUUAUGAAAGAUGCCGGAGCCGAGAUCAUCGACCCAGCGGAUUAUCCAGAAUACGAGACCUUUCUCAACGAAUCCGGAGCAUUGAGAGGGAGGGUUGGCUUUGCCGACUGGAAGGCGGAUAUGGCAAGAUAUGUUACAAAUCUCGUCGACAAUCCCCAGAAUAUCAACAACAUUGACGAUCUUGUUGAGUUUACACAGGCGCAUCCAAAAGAGGAAUAUCCUUCCAGGGACGUGGCAGGACUUCUCGGAGUCAGCAAAGCAAUGGCGCAAGACGUCCCCCGGGUUGAAGAGGCCUGGGAGCGAGUCAGAGAAUUGGCCGUAAGAGGUGGGAUCAAUGGUGCUAUGAAGAAGCACAACCUGGACGCAUUGAUUAUGCCUUCCUCAGUCAGUACAUCAGUGGCCACCGUUGCUCUUGCUCCCGUCAUCACCGUGCCAUUGGGCUUCUACCCCGAGAAUACGGGGAUUGUCUGGAACGGCCGCCGCAAUCUUGUACUGCAAGACAAGAAUCUACCGUUCGGGCUUAGCUUCAUCGGUCUGCCGUUCACAGAGACCAAAUUGAUUGGCUAUGCUUACGCUUUUGAACAACUGACAAAAGUUCGGGAUCAGGUGGAUCCUAUUGUCAUGCCAAAGACCGAGCUGCGAGACGUGGCAGGGAAGGAUUCAGGAAUUUGA